CUCAACUAAUGAGAGCCUUUGGGGGCGGGACUAAGACUGAAGUGAACUUGAAUCGGUGUAAAUGUGUCCUGGAUAUAUAUGUCUUUAUAUAUAUACAUAUAUGGGUGUACAUAUAUCUAUAUAGACUCAUAAUGUAUGUGUGUUUACAUUUAUAAAUGUAAACGUACAGUACCGGUCAAGACACACGUCAAGACACACGUUCCUAUUCAAUUGAAUGAGAAAUUGUGUAUAUGCACAUGUACACACACACAUCUCUCUCUCUGUAUAUAAACAUACAUCCAUAAGCCCCCUGGUGGCCGAGCUGUUUCACUGCACCGAGGUCAGAGGAGUCAAUAGGUGACCUGACCUCGUGCUUCUCAGAUAGAUGGUUUGCGUGUUGCACAGAAGCCGACCCUGUAAAACAAACACAUGUGUUUCACAGGUGAUACUUGAGUAUAAAGUACCUGUUGUAUCAGGAAGAUGCAGCUGCUGUUUUCAUGGUCCUGUGCUCAGGUGUUUUCUCCUUCUCUCCUCAGAGGCUGGUGGAUGUGGAGAAGGUGGAGGAGCAAGGAGACUGUCCUCCCCCCUGCAGGACUCUCCCAAAACUCUGCCCCAUCCCACUAAAUCUGAUGGUCUCCACAGAUCUGGGAGGAACCCCAGUGACCCCCCAGCUGACAGAGGUGAGAUCGGUCAGGACCAGUCAGCUCCAAUCAGGAGCGAUCAGGUGUCCCGGCUCAGACUUGGUCUCCCUGCUUGUUCCCACGUUUAGAGUCUGAGGAAGGUUCUGUUCGGUGGAACGUUUCACGUCUUCAACUACGAGUGGAGGAAAUCCUUCUUUCAGUUCAGAGAGCCCAACUCUGAGGUUUCGUACGCUCUGGAGACGGACCACGUGAGGUUCUACUACCGUGGUGCGGCUGUUCUACAUGUCAGCCCCUCCGGGGAGGUCUCACCUGGUCAGGUGUGUGUUUCAGGGCGGGGCUAAAGCCAUUCAGACGGUGGUCCAGGCCCGGAUCAUUAAAUACUUGCUGUUCCUCCGGCAGAGCGGUUCAGAAGGACAGACGCUGCACAGACUCACUGUUGGACAGAAGGAGCAGGACGCAGCUUUGGCAACAGCCCUUGCCGACAGCCUCUGGUUGGCUGGCCAAGAGAUCAAAGCCACCGUCACCUUGGUAACCCAAGAAUACUGCAUCACACCUUACCUGGACUACAAGCUGGACAACUUCACAGAGAGGUUGCAGCUGUUUACGUUUAACACAAAGGAAGAUGUGGAGAAGUUCAUCCUGGAUCACAUUCAGUGUUUCACAGAGGAGGGGAGUCAUGGAGUCAUCCUGUUCCUGUACAGCCUCAUCUGUUCCCGCACAGUCGACAGGCUGAAGGAGGACCUGGACUCCACCACCUCCCUGCUGUCCCUCAGUGUGGGAAACUUUGUAUGCCGUCAGGCCCUGCUGAACCUGCUGUUGACAGGGAAGGCCAGUCCCAAUGUCUUCAACGGGAUUCAGCCCCUUGGGGAGGACGGACGUCCUCUGGAGCGUCCCCUGCAGGGCCUCCUGUCACGAGGAGAUGUUGGAUAUCUCCACUGGAGCCGGGAGCAGAUGGAAAGAGGAAGACUCCCGCAGGUGGGCAGCAUGUUGAAGACCCCCCGGUACCCCGUGUGGGUCUGCUGCAUCAACAGCAGCUUCUCGGUGCUGUUCGGUCUGAACCGCUCGCUGCUCUCUGAUUGGAGGAUGGAGCACCGGUUCCAUCUUUUCUACUUCAGGGGGCGGAGCUCCCAGACGACCACGACCCGGCUGACUGUGGAUACUCACUCUCACCACUGGGAGGCCCCCUUCAGGGACUCAGAGGAGAACCCGGAGACCAGGAGCUCGUCUCUGGAGAUGACCAUCAGGACCAAGUGGGACGGGGCCGCCAUCGACUGGGCCGGCAUAGUGCCCUACUACUGACACACCUGAUCCAGUCUGGACCCCUCGGGACCAGGGGGGAGGGGGGUCUGUGACACCUGAUUCCCUGCGUGCAUUAAAGAUUCCUCACCUGGUCCGGGGUCCUGUGC